GUGUUAUAACAGUAUCAAUGUCGGUCGUGUUUAAAAGGUUAAAAGUUUAAAGGUUAGACUUAAAAUAGUCUUUAUAAAAUGUAUAUUUUUUUAGUGAUUUUAAUAAUUGCAAAUCAAGAUGUAUGGUGUCAAAUAGCAACUAACGAAAAUGGAUUCAGAAAUGCAAAUGAUCAAUUGAAUUGUGUACUCCCUGCCUACCCCAAAAACGGCCGGUACGUAACACAGGGCAGACCUGAUGGUAAACCUGGCUCCAUUUUUGAUAGUAUUUUUCUGAACGUCACUUGUGAUCAAGGGUAUGUCGCGAAAGGACAAACCGCCAUAUUCUGCUUCCAAGGACAUUGGUCGGGCCCUAUUCCAAAAUGUAUACGUUAUUGUAACCUAAAUCCACAUCCAAGUGUGACGUAUUACUGUAAACAAGAGGGUGAUAACGGUGUAGAAAGAAAGGAAUGCGAAACACUUGUCCCGUCCGGUACUGUGGUGAGGGCGGAGUGUAAGAAACCAAACUACUAUCAUGUGGGCAUUCAUCCUGCUAUGCGUUGUAUUGACGGUGUUUUCGAUUACAUCGCAAUAUGCGAGUUAGAAUGUGGCACAAUAACGCCUCAAGGCACCGAGUUGAUAUCAUACGCUCGUGACGCAUUAAGAGCGGAGGUGCCGUGGCACGUCGGGAUCUACAAUAGGGAAAAAGGAACCCCAGAAUAUCGGUGUGCUGGUACUAUCAUAAGUACAACAGCUAUCAUAUCAGUGGCCCACUGUUUCUGGGAUUUUAGUAAGAACCAAAAAAAAACCCCGGAUGAUUACGCUGUUGCUGCGGGGAAACUGUAUUUACCUUGGAACGACUCUAGAGAUGAACAUAAUGUCCAAAAACGCUCCGUUAAAAGUAUUGAGGUAUCACCAAUAUUCCAAGGUGAUAAGGCGAAAUUCCAAGGAGACAUAUCCGUUAUAACCGUCGAUCCGGAAUUCCAACUCAAACCUUACUUGCGACCAGUCUGUUUGAAUUUUGAUUUUAAUUUUAAUAAAAUACAACUAAGAGAUGGAAACUUGGGAAAGUUCAGCGGUUGGGGUUUCACGGAAGAAAUGAAAACGUCAUUGCUCUUAAAGACUGUUGAUUUGCCGUUCCGAGGAAUAAACGAUUGCCUGUCUUCUAUUCCUAAAGGCUUUGAGGUUUUUAUUACCAGUGACAAGAUCUGCGCUGGGUACACAAAUGGAACCGCGCCUUGCAAUGGGGAUUCUGGAGGUGGACUUUCAUUCCCAGAUAUUGAACGUGGCGUUCUCCGUUAUUACUUACGAGGUGUGCUUUCUGUCGCACCUUCAAAGGGCCAAGGUUGUGACAUUAACGCUCUAUCAGCGUACACUGAAAUCAUCAAACAUCAGGACUUCAUAGAAGAAAGCUUUGAUAAGUCCAAAUGGAUAUGUAAUGAUAACACGUCGAUUCAAUUUGCAAUGAGAUGUAACGGUGAAGUUGAUUGCCCCGACGGCAGUGACGAAGCAAUGUGUGGCUCAACAAAUAUGAAUAUUAGUCAAAAUAUGUUUUUAUGUAUUUUGCCGAAAUUUCCCGAGCAUGGGACGUACAUUGUGGAUGAUGUAGAUGACGCUAAACCGGACAUGAAGCUGUUGUCUGUACGGAUUACAUUCCAAUGUGAUCCAGGAUAUGUACUUCAAGGUUCACAGACGUUGACAUGUAAUGCUGGCAAAUGGUCAUCAUAUAUACCCCAAUGCUUACGUGCAUGUUCAUUAAAAUCAUUGUUGAAAUCACCGAGUGUGGACUACUGGUGUUUGGCACCGGACGGUGGUGCGAGGUCCACUCCGUGUGAACAGAGGCAACCCUCUGGCUCGGUCGUGCGGCCGGCGUGUAAAGCGCCAUAUUACUACAGCUCUAUGUCGCUGCCUCUCAUGCAUUGUAUUGAUGGACAAUGGGAUUAUAUACCAACAUGUCAACCAGAGUGCGGAAAACUCGCAUCGGAUAAAGAAAGAACAUCAGCGGUCCCCUACAAUGUCACCAAAGGCGAGUUGCCAUGGCAUGCUACGAUUUAUACAAAAAGUACAAAUCCAUAUUUAGCUAUCUGCGGUGGUACCAUUGUAACAGCAACUACGAUCAUAUCAGCUGCACAUUGCUUUUGGAGUGACGUAAAGAAAAUUUCCACGAACUAUGCGGUGGCUGUGGGCAAGCAAUAUAAACCUUGGAAUUAUAAGAGGGAUAAAGACGCACAAAAGAUAAAUGUGAAAAGUGUAAAAAUACCACUUAGGUUUACUGGUGCUGUUACAAACUACCAGGAUGACAUAGCUUUGGUGAUACUAACAGAACCCAUUGUCUUCACGAGUAACGUCCUCCCCGUAUGCAUAGAUUUUGAUCUAGAUUUUAACAAACGUCAGUUAGAACCAGGAACAUUGGGAAAGCUUGGUGGCUUUGGUCUGAUAGACACUGUAGCCAAUCGACCUCCUCCGACCCUCAAAUCUAUAGAUAUACCGUACAUGGACAUAACCAAAUGUAUAAGUAACGCACCUGCCCAGUUUCGAGAAUACAUAACAUCAGAUAAAUUCUGUGCUGGAUAUGAUAAUGGUACGGAUGUAUGCAAAGGUGAUGGAGGUGGAGGCUUAGUGUUUCCAGAUUCAGAAAAACUAACAACUCGUUAUUACCUACGUGGUAUACUUUCAACCUCGCCUGUACCUGACACAGGGAAUAGAUUUUGUCAUAACAUCGGAACUAUUACUUUCACCGAGUUAAUUAGACAUGAAAAUUUCAUUAGAGAGAAUAUGGAGAUCGCCCCACCUCAAUACAGUGAUGAUGAUAUUAAGCCAAAUGUAGAAAGUACAAAACUUUGUGAUGUAAAUCAGUUUAGUUGUACCUCGGGCGAAUGUGUUAAUACCGCGAACAUUUGCGAUGGCAUAAGAGAUUGCUAUGACGGCUCUGAUGAAUCUGACGACACUUGUUCGGAUGACAAUCGAGCUCAAAGACCAACAACAACUCAAAGACCGACAACAACUCAAAGACCAAAUACAACUCAAAGACAAACAACCAUUGUAACACCUAUAAAUAAUGAAGUGGCAACGGUUGACAAAUGCAUUUUGCCUUCUCAACCUGAGAAUGGCGUAUAUCAUAUCGUGGGGGGUAAAGUGGAAGACGGGGAAGCGACCUUCGUCUUACUCCAUUAUUCCUGCUACAAAAGAUUCGCGAUGCUGGAAGAUCCAAAGGUCUUUUGUUCUGAAGGAAUAUGGUCAGGGAAUCGUCUCCCACAAUGCUUACAGACCUGUUAUUUGGAUCGUCAUGAAAGUAUAAAUUAUAAUUGUAUCAUAGAAGAUACGGAAUCAACUCGACCUUGCAAAGACUUCGAAGUUGAAGGAACCGUAAUCAAACCAUCGUGUAAGGAACCUAAUUAUUACACGCCACUGGAGUUACCUUAUAUGGUCUGCAGACGAGGACAAUGGAGUACAUUGCCUACAUGUGUUCCUGAAUGCGGUACAUUGACUCCGAAGGGUGCGGCACUGGUACUCGGAGGUGAGACAGCAAAGUUUGGAGAUGUACCCUGGCAUGCUGGUAUUUAUUACAAGAACUUCGAGAAUGGAACACACGAACAGAUCUGUGGUGGCUCACUCAUCAGCAACUCAGUUAUAUUGUCAGCUGCUCAUUGCUUUUGGAACGAAAGGGAACAAAAGUUACACAAUAUUAAAAGGUACGCAGUGGCAGUCGGAAAAUUACAUCGAGAUUGGGAUCACCCCGCCGACGAACCGUUCGCACAGAAAUCUGACAUUAAGAAGAUAGUUAUAUCAAAGAACUAUAUGGGUAUCGACCUGAAUUAUCGGGACGAUAUUGCGGUCGUAAUGGUGUCGGGGCCCUUCCAGUACCAGACGUAUGUGCGCCCCGUCUGCCUAGACUUCAGACACGACUUUGCCGAGAGCCAGCUGCAGUCUGGCGUCAUGGGGAAGGCGGCAGGUUGGGGCCUCACGACGGGUCUCAAAGGUUCCGAGUCUCGCGAACUGAAAGUGAUCGACAUGCCUUACGUAUCAUAUGGUGAUUGCGUGCGUCAGACGUCACCUGCUUUCAAACAGUAUAUAACAUACGACAAGAUGUGCGCUGGAGAUAAAGAGGGCAUUGUGCUCUGUCGCGGCGACAGUGGGGGUGGUCUUGCGUUCCCUGAGACAGUAUUCAACACAGUACGAUUCUAUAUCCGCGGCAUUGCGUCAACAAGUCCACCGUCAACUGAUAACAAAUUAUGCAAUACACAUUCACUUACAGCAUUCACAGAUAUAUCUACAUAUCAAAACUUAAUAAAGACUCAUUGGCUCACGUAGCCUUGUGAAUACGAUUGAUUUUGAAUGAAUGAUAAAUGAAUGCGAUUAAAUGACUAGCUAUCAGCUUUGAUCCGGAUCAAAAGUGCAGGUCAAAACUUGAACCGAUCAACGGUUCAGGUCACAGCUCAUCGCAAUUUUUUUAUGAGUCGAUGAGCCGUGACCUGUGCGAUGAAGUAAAUCAUAACUGUAUUCAAGUACAGAGCUGUGAGCUGAUUCAUUGAUCUGAAUACAUGUGAGUCGUAAGAUGAUCUGCGAGUCAUUUUUAGUUGAGUUACCCAUGACUAUAGAAUGUUGAAUUAGAAUUUUGAAGGUCUUUGCGUUAUGAAUUGUUAUAGCGCCAUCUAUCGAAUAUAAGAAUUAAGAAAAUAAAUUGUACCGUCAUCGUUUAAAAUAUAUCUUUAUGUUGUCAAUAUAUAUCUUGAGAUUUUGUCAGAAACCCACGAUUAGUGUACUGUUCAAAUUGUAUAAAUCUGUUCUAUGAUAGUACAAAAAUAUUGUUUUCAUGUCGAAACUGAAAUAGUACAAAUCGUGCCAUCUAGCGGUGAGAAGCAAACAAUUCAAUAUGUUUUAAAAGAAAAAGAAAAGUUUGAUUUUACACUAUAAAGUGAUCUUUUUUACCAAGUAAAUAAUAUUAAUU